CCCACAGCCGCACCCACCCAACCACCCAUCCAGCCAAAACAGAAUUAAUCAAGUGUGUCAAUUUUGGUGGACAGAUUCUCUGACAGACUUUCCAGAGCGAGUCUGCCUUCCAACAUGGCAUUCCUGAUGUACGGCGACCCGAAGGUCAAAUACCUGUGCUCGUGCGGCUCGCUGAAGCCCAUCUCGCGAAUCUACUUUUGCAGACACUGCAUGAAGGUCAAGUGCGGCUUUUGCGUGUCGCACGAGGUCGACCUGCACUACUGCAGCAAUUGCCUCGAGAAUCUGCCGUCGACCGAGGCGCGGCUCAAGAAGAACCGGUGCGGCUACUGCUUCGACUGUCCCAGUUGCCAGAUCAGCCUGAACACUCGGGCCGUCAGUCAGACCGUCCCGCACCCGGACGACCCCACCAAGACGCUGACCAAAAAGUCCUAUUACCUGGUCUGCGCCUUCUGCCGCUGGUCUUCGAGGGAGGCGUCCAUCCCCGACCAGAGCGUGGCCACCGGUGGCUGGCCCGAGCUGAAGAGUCCGCACGCCAAACGGGUUGCAGACCUGGUCGAGCACUACCAGGACAUCAGUGUCCAGGAGAAGGAGGAGGAGGAGAAGAAAAAGAAGUUCCAGUCGCGGCCGGCCUACUUCCACUACGCAGAGAAGUACGGACUGAGUGCGGCCGUGGCCCGUAAGAGGCUCAGCAACCUGCCGCAGAGGGAGAACAAGGUGCACCAGUCCACCGUUGAGCCCAGCAAGGCCACCGAGGAGGUAGACCAGCUGCCAGACGAGGUCUUCUUCGAGCCCAUCCGCCUCAGCCAAAUUACGACGGUCAAGCAGAGGCUGGCCUGUCCCGAAGUGCAGCCCAUUGAUGUCUCAAAUCUGCACCCCAUUCACAAAUCUCUGCUGGUCAAGAGGUCACUUCGUUGUCGUGACUGUGAGCACAACGUGAGCAAGCCCGAAUUCAACCCCUCUUCGACCAAAUUCAAAAUACAGCUGUCCGCCUUCUACCACGUGCCUGACAUCAAAUUCCUCACCUGCGAGCCGGUCUUCAUCGGCAAACGCAGCGAACUGAUCAUCACCAUCUGCAACCCGACGCAGCACCAGACCAGCUUUAAACUGCACCCCUUCGAGUUAGCCCUGUUGUCUCCGAAGCUGAGUGAGGACGAAGAGGAAGCGCCUCCGACAUUGAAAUUGUCCCUCCCGGACAGCGCCCGGGACGCCCAGUUCCAAAUCAACGGCACCAUUAAACUGCCUACCACCGAAUUCCAACUUCUGCCCAGAGACGAUACGGCUGAGUUUGAUGAUUCCAAUAAGGGGCCGACCUUCAACGACGACCCCAAGGUGGUCGUCUGGAGGAGGGGAAAUAAAAUCGCGCUCAGAAUGGCUGUGAUGCCCAACCAGGAGGCUGAGGGUCUCUUGUGCGUUGGCUUUGCGAUGGAGUACGGCUACGUCAACACAAUGACCACCUUGGAGAAGAAGGAGCCGCAGAAGGUCAAACUCAGGGCCCACAUUGUGCUGCACACGGGCCAAAUCUUCAAGAGCUCCCAAUAAAUCUAUUGAAUUUUUUUCCUCUUUUUUUGCAACUAUUUAUAUAUUUGUUAUUUAUUUACUAAAUUCGCACUUCGAAUGGAAGCCAAGAAAUCAGACUGAGUGUUGGAUAGUUAAAAAGAAAAAUGGACUCAAAAAUGAUUAUUACAGCAAUGGCCGAUGUGACCGGAUUGAGUGAUGCCGAGGCCAAGAAGUUUUGCCAUCAGCCUGAUCCAUCAACAAAAGAAUUCAUAUUCCAACAAACAAUGUACCGCAUUAAAGACCCAAAGAAGUCGCUUGAAUUUUACACCCAAGUCCUGG